AUGAUGAAGGGCGUGAAGACGGUCCAGUAUGAGGCGCUGACACCCGAGCAGAUCGCCGAAGCCCGCUCACGCCGCAAGCAAGACCUGGGCAGGGACUCGGCUCCGCUGGGCAUGGACGCGAUCCACAUUCCAGACAACCAUCCCUUUGCCAUCCGGGCUCCUGUAUCUGCGGAGGAGGAGGCGCUCAUCGAGGAGCGGUUGAGCGGUCCCAAGCAGCGGCGCCGCAUCUCCGCAGCCGACCUGGAGCUCAUGAAAAAGCUGCAGGCUGAAGCUGCCGUAGCGGACGCUGCCGCAGAUGCCAGGGCGGCCUCGCGGAAUGAGGGCGGAUACUGA